AUGGCUGUUUCCAAUUGUUGACUCGUGUUGACUGUCUCUCCGUAUUCCGUAGUUGUCCGAUACCGUUUGUCGUAGAAUUAUAAUUGUAAUUCCUAAUAUGGCCAGCGAAAAAAAAUCGACGAAAGGAUCGUCGAAAAAAGAGAAAUCCGCCGAGGAGAUACUGUCAGAGUUUCAAACGCUCCGAAAUGAACAGAGAAUAUUGGCGAAUAAGCUGUCCGAAAUGGAAAUGGAAUUGAAUGAACACAAAAUUGUUAUUGAUACAUUGAAAAAUGUGGAUCCCAAGAGGAAGUGCUAUAGGAUGAUUGGUGGAGUUUUGUGCGAACGUACGGUGGAAGAUGUCAUGCCUGCUUUGGUGACAAAUAAAGAACAGUUAUUGAAAGUGAUAGAUGCUUUAAAUGAUCAGGUAACAAAGAAAGGGAUUGAAAUAAAUGAAUAUAAGGAGAAGCACAAUAUCAGAAUCAGAGGGCAAGAUGAUUUGCAGCAACAAGAAGAGGAUAACAACAACAAGGAAACCAAGAGAAAGGCAAUUGUUGUGAAUCCGAUUGAGGUUUAAAUGUAAUAAAUAAUUAUUUUUCGAUAUUUAUAUAUUAAGACAUUUCACAUAUGGAAAAUCAAAGCCAACAAUUCAUGUUUUCAGAUUUGUACACAUUUUUAAAUUACCUUCUGCGUUUAUUUAUUAUAUCAUUUUGAUAAACAGCUUCUAAGAUGCUUUAUAAACUCAUAUUUGUUGGAUAUUUGUUCUGUAAAUGUGUUUGUAAAAAAAGAAACAAAUUACAAUAUUGUGUGUGACAUCCUGCAAAUACAAAAAUUAGAUAUGUAUAGUUUCAUGAA